AUGGACUCGUCGCUUUCGCAUCACGCCCACCAUCGGCAUACCGGCAUGAGAGAAGCUUCUACCACGCUGCCGCCGUUGGGUCUGAAAUCUCACCUCGACUCUCCCACGGGCAUUCCCUCGUCCAGUCUCGUACAAGGCCAGAUCCAUGCCUAUCCUCGACAUCCUGGCCCUCCGAAAAAUGUCACCGCAAGUACCGCCUAUCAAGAGCAGCCAAGUGGCGAAAGAUCUCCCGGCAACAGUGACGAGCCUUUGAAAAAGAAGCAAAAGCGGAACAAGCCUACGCUGUCAUGUCACGAAUGUGUAGAGCGAAAGACAAAGUGUGAUAGAGGUCGGCCGCAUUGUUUAGCUUGCAUCAAGAGACAGACAGAAUGUCGAUAUGCACACGUGGCGAAUCUGUUGGAAGAAACGUCGAGAUCUGCUGCAAAUGGCCAUCGAAUGACGCGGCCCCCGAAAAAGAAGAGCGCCGGCGACGUGUCCACGACUGUUCCCAACAUUGCGGACAGGGGCGCCGUUAAAAAUCAGGAUGCCUCAUCCCGCGGAGCGGCGGCCUUGUCCAUCGGGUUACUAUCGCACGUACCUUACUCAGUCACCGAGGCCAGCAAUGUUUUUGGUAUUGGAUCUGAGCACCCAUUGGCAAACUACUGGACGUUUGAGGGCGGCUUGCCGGAAGUCAUUUCUGUCCUUCCAGACAAGGUUCAGGCAGACGCCCUCGUUGGUCGGUAUUUCGAAUGCGUCGAUCCCGUCUAUCCCAUGAUUCACCGUCAGACUUUUUAUGCAGACUAUGAACACUUUUGGCGCAUGAAUGUCGAGGAGAAGAACCAGAUGGACGCUGCCUUUAUUGCCUUGAUAUUCGUCAUCUUGGCACUCGGCGCACAAUUCACCACGUGCAAAAGCCCGAAAGAGCGCAAGCAAACGGCCGAGUUUUACGCUUCGGCUUCUAACCGGGCGCUGCGAGUGUCGUCGUACCUGAGUACUGCGUCUCUGAGGUCCAUCCAAACCAUGGUUCUUAUGACGUACUUUCUCGUUAACGAUAAUCAUGCAUCCGAUGGAUGGGCGUUCGCGGGUAUAUUGAUCCGGCAAGCGUAUGCCAUGGGUUUGCACCGUGAUCCGAACAUUGUGACACCCCAUGCCAGCCCAUUCGAAAAGCAACAGAGGAGAAAAGUGUGGCAAGCGGUGUUGUUGCAAGACACCUUCUUGACUGUGCUGCUAUCCUUGCCGCCGUCGGCCACACACACGGACGUCUCGGUAGAUGAUCUCUUGGAUGACAGCUCAUCCAUUGCCAGCAGCGACCCGGCCGACACAGCCUACGUGAGGGGCUCUUGGAUGCUGGCCAACUUGGUUCAGGAGACAAUCUGCUCGCCCAGGUCAUUGGACGUGCCCAUAUGCACAACUGUACGACACAAGUCAAAGCUGGUGGCGGAUUUUCGGGCCGUGUACCGGUCGUUCCCGGACGUAUUCCGAUGCUGGGAUGCAGAUAGUCUGACCGCAGUCGCCAGCACAAACAAGCGCAUCAUAAGACAGACUUUGGUCUUGACGAGCAACUACUUCCACAAUCUUAUGCUGGUGCAUGCCUCGGAAAGCCCCGACGUGCCGGUCAACGUCCGCGGUACGUUGGAAGCAGCACACGAUGCCAUCAGCGCCUUCUUCCUCAUGUUUAGCCUGCUGGAGUCGGAAGCUCGAGUCUGGUUGGUUUUCAACCAUCGAGCUUUCUUGGAAGCCCUCUGCAUUGCCAACGUGCUUCGAGAAACGGGCAAGGACGCUACUGGGAGGAAUAUGCUGGCCAGGGAUCCUUUGUUUGUGCGAGCCAGGGCCGAUAUCGCGCGAAUGAUGCAAAUAAUGGAGCUUAUUGGGUCGGACAGUGAUGUGGCACGUACACGAGUGCAAGUUCUCCGCGAGUUUCUGGAUCAGAAUGAUGAUUUACAGGAUCCAGGCAUUAGUUCCGGCUAG